AUGGCAGUUAAUUAUGAUAAUGAAUUAGGUUUCUCUCAAAAUGAAAUAGAUUGUUCACGAAAAGCAUUUUUUCAUGAUUGUCCUAAUGGACGUUGUUCAAAACGAAAAUUUCUUACUUUUAUACGAAAAUCAUGUUUACAAAAAUCCAAUCAAUCAAAUAUUCAUAUUAUUAAAAAUUUACAAAAUUAUCGACAUAGUAAAAAAUUUUUUUCUAUGAUGUUUGAUAUAUAUGAUCAAAAUCAUGAUGGAGAACUUGAUUUUAAUGAAUUUAUUUAUGCAUUAUCAUCUAUAAAUGGUGCUAAUCGUUUACGUACAAUAGAAACAUUAUUUAAAUUUUUUGAUAUUUAUAAUCAAGGUUAUAUAACUCAAAAAGAAUUUAAUUCAAGAAAAAAAUUAGCAGCACAAUUUCUUGGUCAAUAUAAACCUGGUAUUAAAGAUAGUUUAUUAUAUGAAAAAGCAUUUAAUACAAUGGAUAUUAAUCAAGAUGGACGUAUAUCAAAAGAAGAAUUUAUUCAAUGGUAUUUAAAAGAUCAUUCAACAUUACAUGAUGAAAAAUCUAUGAGAAAACGAACACGUUUAUUAAAAAUUUCAACAACUGGAUUUAAUUCUAAAGGUCAAAUAAAAACAUCAUCAUUACAACAACAAGAUAAAUAUCCAAUUGAUCUUUGGUUAGAAACAACAAUGAAUAUUAAUAAUAAGCACGAAUUAUCUUCAACAAAUAAUACUGAUCGAUAUUUAUUAAAAAUUUUCUAUCGUGCACGUAAUCAUUUUCAUCAUGAAAAAUUUCAAGUCAAUGAUAAUCAAUCUGAUUCCGGUGUUGUUACAAAUUCAUCAUCAAUAACAAAUUUUACUGAUUAUGAUAUUGAUUCAAGUAGUUUCUUUGAUAUCAAUAACGAAGAUAAUUUACAAUUGCAUCUAACUAAUGAUAAAGAUGAAGAAAUUCUAUGUCAAUCAUUAGAAACUGUUUUAAUGGAAACAUUAAUUGAAUUGAGACAAAAAAGAAUAAAUAAUAAUUUUCAAACAUUAUCUAUCGAAGAGAAUGAACAAAUCGAGUCAAGUCGAUUAUAA